ACCAUCUCAACCCUGCUCCGCCGUCAUGUUUGUACGUGUCGCAGUUGUGCUUUUGUUCACGGUGGUGGUGGUGGUGCGGUGCGGCCCGGCUCAGUCGCUGGUCCGCCAGGCCGAGCUGGACCGCAUACGGGCAGCUAUGGAGGACCUCAAGUCCGAAAGACAAGCCAUGAUGCAUCGUCUGGAGAGGGCUGAGAAGGAGCUGAGCACGGUCCGAGAAACUCCAAAGAUUGCCUUUGCUGCCUCUCUGGGGGGAAACGGCGCCCAGAAGACGACGUCCGGAAACAGAGAUCUGAUCUACAGGGAUGUCCUAACCAAUGUCGGCGGGGCUUACAACGCAGAGACGGGCGAGUUCACUGCACCCAUUCGCGGCGUCUACUACGUCCGUUUCACCACCAACGCGCCCACCGACUUCACCAUGAGCGCCGUGAUGUACAAGAACAACGCCGAGAUCCAACUCAUCACCCACGAGCAGCCGUCCGGGCAAGGCAGCGACACGGCAUCCAACGGCGCCGCCCUGCUGCUGGAGAAGGGAGACAAACUGAAGAUGGUGCUGUGGCACAACACGCAGAUCUGGGACAACAGCAACCACCACAGCACCUUCAGUGGAUUCCUGGUUUUCCCACUAACCGAUGGAGCUCCGAUGGAAUUUGACAUUGAGUCGCAGAUUCAAAGCCUCCAGGCUUCGAUGACGCAGCUCCAAGUGGAAAACACAGAACUCAAAGAACGAAUGGAGACCACCGAAACGGAGCUGAGGAAUAUGAGAAAUGUGCCAAAGGUGGCGUUUGCGGCCUCUCUCGGGGGUAACGGCCUCCAGAAGACCACGUCCGGAAUGAAGAAACUCCUCUUCAAGGACGUCCUCACCAAUGUUGGUGAGGCGUACAAUCCGGAGACAGGUUAUUUCACGGCGCCCGUACGCGGGGUCUACUACAUCCGCUUCACCGCCAACGCACCCACCGACUUCACCAUGAGCGCCGUGCUGUAUAAGAACGACGCCAGCGUGCAGCUUAUCACCCACGAGCAACCGUCAGGCGAGGGCAGCGACACGGCGUCUAACGGCGCCACCCUGCUGCUGGAGAAGGGCGACAAGCUCUCGCUGCAUCUGUGGCACAACACGCAGAUCUGGGACAACAGCAACCACCACAGCACCUUCAGCGGAUUCCUGCUCUUCACCCAGUGAGCGUCACACCAGGCCUCCUUUGCAGACCCACAAAAUAUUCAAUAAAAUUCCAUAAAAAUUGAUCUUC